AUUACAUAUAUUUAUAUGAAAAUGAGACUAUAUGUAUAGAGAGAGAAAACGGUGUGUAGACUCUUACACUCUGCUCCCCAGAUAUAGAGAGAGAAAGUUCAGAGGUGCGCGUAGUAUAUGCAUUAAUUGGGGUUCAGUUUUUGGCAGAAUUUGCAUGUCAUUAUUCUGUUAGAAAAAAGGACCGAAAAACUCACCUUUUUUGUGCUCUGCUUCUGCUACCGUUUGUCUUCAGUCGUCAGGUUGUUCCCUCGUCUAUUUGUGUGAGCAUUUCCGCUGCGAGAAAAUGUCUGCAUUGCUACAUGGGUAAAGCUCAGUUAAGAGACCAAUUAUAGCAGCAUUGACCAUGUUUCGUCGCAAGAAUCAUUCUAAUGUUGAACAGGAGGGUGAGGAGAAGCAGCACAAGGUUAAGGAGCUUAGGGCUUCCCUGGGGCCACUAUCAGGGCGCAACUUGCAGUACUGCACUGAUGCAUGUUUAAGGAGGUAUUUGGAAGCACGGAACUGGAGUGUAGAUAAAUCGAGGAAGAUGUUGGAGGAGACACUUAAAUGGAGGUCAUCUUUUAAACCUGAAGAAAUCCGCUGGCAUGAAGUAGCAAUAGAAGGUGAGACUGGGAAGGUGUAUAAAGCAAAUUUUCAUGACCGCUACGGCAGGACAGUACUUAUAUUGCGGCCAGGAAAGCAGAACACAUCAGCACUGGACAACCAAAUGAAGCAUUUGGUAUAUCUGAUAGAGAAUGCCAUUCUUAAUCUGCCAGAAGGUCAAGAACAGAUGGCCUGGUUAAUCGACUUCACAGGAUGGUCUAUAACCAAUAAUGUUCCCAUAAAAUCUGCUCGCGAGACGAUCAACAUUUUGCAAAACCACUACCCUGAGAGACUCGCUGUAGCAUUUCUUUAUAACCCACCGCGAAUUUUUGAAGCAUUUUGGAAGAUUGUCAAAUACUUUAUGGAUCCCAAAACAUUUCAGAAAGUCAAAUUUGUCUAUCCAAAGAACAAGGAUAGCGUGGAACUGAUGAAGUCAUUCUUCGAUGUGGAUAAUCUUCCUACUGAGUUUGGAGGAUCAGCGACUUUGAAUUAUGAUCACGAGGAGUUUUCAAGGCAAAUGGCUCAAGAUGAUGUGAAAGCUGCCAAGUUUUGGGGUUUCGACAAACACCAAUCUGAUGCUAAUGGUUUCUCUGCGGCAGAGGUUGCUCCAGAGCCUGAAUCUAUUGCCCCUCCAGCCAUAGCUUAGAUGCUUGAUCCACUGACCAGUUCAGUCUUAUAUUGCCUAACUGAGUUAAAUAAAUAAUGGGGAAUGUAAGAUCUUGUCCCCCCACCCCACCCACCCCCAGCAUAUUAUCAGAGACUAGAACACUUCCUGAGGUUAUUUUCUAGAUUUAACUCAUGGCAGCUGAAAACCUUGGUACCUUAUUUAUUGGUUGUAUUAUGCUCUAUUUAGAGUCAAAGAGCUGCAAGCUUUAAGGCUUCAUCUUCCCCUCUUUCA